CAAUGGUCAUCCACUGAACACAAGAUUCAAACAAAGCAACUCUCUCUCGCUCUCUCUAUGGAAAAGAUGGGCGCACCAAACGACCCAGACUCUACUGACAAGGCUGCUCCUUCACAGAAGGAGCCGCUGCCGCCACCGCCACCGCCGCUUGUGACUGGAGUUCCGGUGGUUGCUCUGCCUCCGUCGUUGGAUUACGUCCCCUGGUCCACGGAUCUCUGCGACUGCUUCUCCGACCUCGAACGCUGUUGCAUUAGCUUCUGGUGUCCCUGCGUGACUUUCGGCCAGAUUUCGGAGAUCGUGGACAGAGGAGCUUCCUCCUGUGGUCUAAAUGGAGCAAUUUACUUUCUCAUCGCUUGGCUGACGGGGUGUGCGUGCUGCUAUUCCUUCUUCUACCGUCUAAAGAUGAGGAAGCAAUACAGGAUCGACGGGAACGCCGCCGAGGACUUCCUCCUCCACUGCCUCUGCGAGUCAUGCGCCCUCACCCAAGAGUAUCGCGAGCUCCAGAACCGCGGAUUCAACCCAUCCCUUGGUUGGUUUGAGAACGCGGAGAGGCAAAAUAAUGGGGUGGCAAUGGCUCCGAUGCCGCCGGUGGCUCCAGUCGUGGAGGACGGCAUGAAGCGCUGAUCGUUUCGAGCUCGUCUGAAACGGGCAUCUUUAAAAGACUCUAAGCUAUAUGUUGUAACUACGUGAUCGUUAUUGUUAGUGAAUCCUAACAAUGCGAAAGACAAAUUUGACUCUACUUAUAUUGCUUUUGCAAAAUCAAUAUACAAGCAUUGUGAUAUAACAUUGUUAGUUGUUGAAUGUAUCCUAAUACCAUCAUUAUGGA